AUGGAGAGACUCGUAAAAGAAGAAAAGGAUCGAGUGAAGAGUGGAGCUGCAACCGUCCAGAAUAUCGUUCCUCUCCAUCGUCCACCGUCACCGAUUCCCGAGGAAUUGGAUGAUGAAGCUAGUUCUUUCGAAGGAAGUCACGCCCCACAAGAUCCCCAACAAGACAUUGAGACAACGGAUACAGAUGAAGGGGAUCAAGAUGUGGAAAUGAUGGAAAAGGAAAAGAAUGUCAAGGACAAGGAAAGGGUCAAAGCUCCAAGUGAACAAGUGAAAGGAGUGAAAGUUGAAGAAGAGACAUCGAUUGAAGUCCAUGAUAAUGUCAAGAAGAGCAGUAUUUUACAACUAGGACCCAGACACUCUUUUGCUCGCCAAGUUUCUUUUGAGGGUUCGGAUGGGAGGCGAAAAGUCUCCGAGAAUGAAAAUGAUGAUGAAUCCAGAACCCCAUCGAUUCCUGGAUCAGCGGUGACAACUAUUCACAAAUUGCCGGUGCAAAAUGAAAGAGAAGCCGAUGAUAGAGCCAUCGACCGAUACUAUGAAAACAAUCACUACACUGUGACUGGAAUGUACACGAAAAAUACGGACACGAUGAAUCGAAUCCCGAACAAUUAUCAAAAGAUUAUUCGAGAUAUGCGAAAUCGCGAGCAUUCAAUCGGGAAACAGUCGACACUCAGCAAUCGAUCGAAGGUUUUGCCAAUUGCCGGAUCGAAUGAGAAUCGUUUCGCGAACUCGUUCUACUGGCUUGCCCAUCAUCACAAGAAUAUUGGAUUGAGGCAUUUCUUCAUGUUUUCUUUGGUGGUUCUCUACUCGUUAUUGGGUGGAGCGCUGUUUAACUACACGGAAACUCCCUUUGAACAUCAGCAAGUAGCCGACUAUGUGGCUGCGCUGGAUGAGCGAUUGAACACAUUAGCCACCGAGGUUUACGAUGGAAUUCAAGAGAAUCAGACAGCAUUUUCUGACAUUGAUGGAAUCAAGCAAUUCUUGAAGGACUCCUACAUACAAUUGCUGAAAGACGAGGGUCGAUACGAGCAAUCGGCUUUUCAAAAAGCUGGAGAUCCUGGGAAAAUGUUGUGGAACUUUUGGUCAGCCACUUUCUACUCAACGAACAUUUUCAUGACUGUUGGAUACGGUGUGAUUGCUCCGAUAACCGAUCUCGGCCGUUUUCUCACAGUCAUUUAUGGUAUCAUCUUUGUUCCGUUCUCAUCAAUCGUUUGCCGUGAUUUGGGACAAUGGAUGCUCGUCGGAUUGACAAAACUUUAUGCAAGAGUUUUGAUUCGAUGGAGGAAAGCUCGCGGUGUUGACACGAAAGAAGACGAGGAUAUUGCUUUCCCGAUGAAAUUCGCAAUAUUAACAGUAUUUGCCUACUGGUUUUUCUGUGCCUUGUUAACCUGGCUAUACGAUGAUAUAAUGGGUGAUGAACCGGGUACAGGGAUGAGCUAUUGGGCGUCGGUCUACUUCUCAUUCAUUACACUCACAGCAAUCGGUUUGGGCGAUCUCAUGCCAAACAAUGUUCCGCGGUCUCCAUUAAUGAAAAUUUGGUACUUCUUGGGAUUGCCAGUGUUCAAAGUGGUGAACAGGAUGAGCUAUGUGUCGUUGGAGAAUGGAGUGUUUGGUACAUUGACAGUACUCGAGAACAAGCUUGAUAUGUGGAAUCGAAAGGAUAAGGUUGGCGCCAAAUGUCCACCGAAACUCGAGAGAGGAAUUUCUCAAGGAAUUUCAUAUGGACAAACAACAGCCACCGGCUUAUCGGAUCUUGAAUCAACGUCGCCGACUCCAUCGAGACAUCUCCGACGAGCCGGAUCGAUUCGAAGCCGAGCCACUGUGGAAGAGCAAGAGGCGUUAAACGAGGCGUUGAACAAUUUCACGAUUCGCUCGAUCGGUCAAUUUAUGCAAUCAAGAGCCGACGUUUAUGCGGGAGAUUUCGGAAGAGUUAAAGUCACGAAAGCUCAGUUGAAAGGCGUUGAUCCAAAUGAGCAAGCU